AUGGCGUUGCGUGCAAAAGUUUUGCAAAAGAAAGCAGAGAAGUUUGAGUUGAAGAAAUUACAGGGUCCUACAGUGACAAAGGAACGUGUAUCUGCUCUUGAGCCACUUCUUCAAGAUGUUUAUGCCAUUCGGCGCCCUAAAAAGAGUGAUUAUGAAUCUCGAAGAGACUUAAUUCUAGUGUUUAAUGAAAUUGCAAAGGAAUUAUAUGGAUAUUCAAAAGUGACUCCCGUUGUGGUGGAAUUUGGUUCUUUCUUAAUGGAUCUCUUUAGCACAACAAGUGAUUUGGAUCUCUCUGUGAAUUUUAGUGCUAAUGCGAUUGAAUUUCCGCGCGAAAAGAAGAUUCAAACGCUGAGGAAGUUUGCGAAGAAACUAUAUGCUCUACAAAGUAAUUUAGGCUUCAGAAAUCAAAGGAUCAGCGCCACCAGCAGGGGCAGCAACUGCUACUGCAGCACUACCACCAGCAGCUCCAACUUUCGUGACAAGAUGAAAACCUGGGCAAAAGUGCAGAACAUUAACAGUUCAAAAGAUAAAACCUUGAAUUCUCUCUCAAUUAUACUGUUGGUUGCUUUUCAUUUGCAGACUCGGAAGCCACCUAUAUUACCUCCAUUUUCUGCUAUAUUCAAAGAUGGUGCUGAUCCUGCAACAGUGAAGAAGUCACUACCUAAUUUUGUGAACUAUGGGAAAAGUAAUAAAGAAUCAUUGGCUGAGCUCUUUGUCACUCUACUGAUCAAGUUAUCUUCUGUCGAAAAUCUGUGGCCCAAAGGUCUCUGUGUAAGCACAUAUGAUGGAUCUUGGACAUCCAAAACAUGGAACUCUAAAGUUGCUUGCAUCAGUGUUGAGGAUUUUAGUGAUCCGUCUCAGAAUGUUGCUAGGGCAGUAGGACAGGCACAAAUAAAACAGAUCUACAAAUGUAUUAACCUGUCUACCCGGUAUGUCUUGUCAUUCAUGGAUGGCCAGAUUGGAGGAGUUCAAUUGAAGGAAUUUUUGUUUGGUCGUGAUGGCAUCACUACCUUAUGUCGAAUAGGUACUUCAAACUCUCACCAAAUUGCAUCGUUGCCUAGCAUUCCCUCUCCAUCGAACCAGAGGAAAAGAAAUAGAAACGAGGAAGGUGAGGAAGCAAAAAGGCAAGCUAUGCCUCUCGACCCUCCCUCUACAAAGAGAAUAGCCUCCAUGCAGGGUUGGGCAGGAAUAUCUUCAGGGAGAUGGGGACAAGUCGAGCAAGCUAUGUCAUUUGAGACUCGUUGGACGAAAAAGACUCAGACUACAGAAGGUUGGAGAGAGAUGCGUAGUGAUAGUCUGGAAGGUACAAAAUACUCUAUGCCUACUGAUCCCAGAAAUGGUCAGCAACUUAUGGGAGGUUGGGGUGGAACUCAGCACUCCGUUGCAAGCCUUCAAGGUGGGGUCCAUGCCAAAGGCUGGGGUAGAACUCAAGAACCCAUUGCAGGAGGUUGGGGUGGAACUCGAGAACCUGAUGCACGAGGUUGGGGUAGAACUAGAGAACCCAUUGCAGGAAGUCGGGGUGGUGCCCAUGCUGAAGGCUGGGGAAGAACUGGGGAACCUGUUGUAGGAGGCCAGGAUCGGGUUCGUGCUGAAGGCUGGGGAGAAACUCGGCAAUCAAUUGUAGGAGGUCGGGAUUGGGUGCUUGCUGAAGGCUGGGGAGGAACUCGGCAAUCAAUUGCAGGAGGUUGGGAUUGGGUGCGUGCUGAAGGCUGGGGAGGAACUCAGCAACCCAUUGCAGGAGAUUGGGGUGGGGUGCAUGCCAAAGGCUGGGGCAGAACUCAGCAACCGGUCACAGGAAGUUGGAGUUGGGAGCGUGAUGUAGGCUGGGGUGGAACUCAGCAAAACCGAUUGCAGAAGGAUGGGGUGGAAGUAUUUCCUAUAAUCCCAUUCCAACAAGAGGACCGGACUACAUGGGCUUUUAAGGGAAUGCAUGAUUGA